AUUUUGGACUUCUCUAAUUUGGAGCUGUUUUAAUUGAAUACAUCAGGUUAGAGAACCUUAAAUUAUGUAAUUCGAUUGAUAUUUAGUUAUUAAUUCUAUAGAUGUAUAGAUUGUAAGAAUCACUAAUUUAAAUAUUAGAAAUUAUGGGGGGACAUGAUCAUCACCAUGGUCCUCCUAAAGAUCCAUACAGAGUACCAAAAGCUUCUGAAUACAGCAAAAUCGAAGCACCACCAUUGAUACUUCAUCAGCAACGACUUGCACAGCAUGGUCUUAAAGAUCCUUGGAUACGAAAUCAUGUUUGGAAGUACGAUAAACGAUAUGGAACUAAGUUUACCAGAGCUUUACAAUUGCUUACCACUGGAAUUCCAACCGGAUUUGCAUUAUUUCUUCUAACACUAGGUGUUGAAAAUGCUCUUGGUAUUGAUUAUCAUCCCUGGCAUCAUGAACAUGCCGAAGGACAUGGACACGAUAAACAUGGAGGCAGUCAGUAAAAAUUAUAAUUGGAGAAGAUAAAUAUGAAAUAUGAUGUAGUGAUUAAGUGAGUAUGUACAGCUAUGGAUAAUAAACAAAUAAUUGAUUGGAGGAAUAA